AAUUACCUGUUUAAUCACAAAACAAUAAUUUCAAGGUGACAAUCAUGCCAAUGUGCAGUAAAUGCCAACAAAUUCGCAAAUCAAUUGCGAAUUCCCCGGUCGUCUCUGGUGGUGGUGCAUACCCGUCCACAUUGGAGCUUGCUUAUAUGGUUAACUUGGAGUACUAUAUCGACAUUAAAUAUGAUUGCGUUCAUGAAAUACCAGAAGUUAAAGGCUUGAAAAUCCCAAUCAUAGAAAUGGUGAAUUUCAUAGAAAAAAAGAAGUGGGAAGUGGGUACUAAAACCAGCUACAACGGGUUCAAAUGUACGUCAUUCCUAAAUAGACCGGCUAAACAGUUGGUGAUAGUGCACAGGGGCACCGAGAAUUGGGAGCAGGUCAAAACGGAUAUCAUGCUCGCUAUGAACAUAGUAACUCCUGAGGUAAUCAAGAAAGCCGAUUGGCACACACGACAGUCCCUUAUGAACAACACCCUAAAGGAAGUGAACAACAUGUUUGUGCGGAACGACUAUUCAGUGACAGUGACGGGUCAUAGUCUGGGCGGUUGGUUGGCUCAGAUGUGCGCCUUACUGAGCAAAUACCCCCAAUUCCACCCGUAUGGUCCGCGUGGUACAUGGUCAUUCCCAAAUGGCAAGUCCAUCGACAUGAACCAGCCGUACGACCUGCACUGUGUAGCUUUCGAUAGUCCCGGAGCCAAAGCGGUGUUGAAUCAUAUGCAGUCUGCGUCGAAAACUGCCGCCUGGUUGGCUGGUCUCAAUAGGGACGUGGGCAAUGCGCUAACCACCCUGGACAUAUCCGUUUACCUGUCAAAUCGAAACCCGGUGAACUUGUGUGGCGAUCACGUGGGGAAAGUCGAAAGGAUUAGCGUUACGUGGUUUUGGGAGAAGUUGAACCCUUUUGCGUCCCAUAGUAUGGAAAGAAUUCUUAACUAUUUUAAGAACCGAUGA